AUGCAAAGCUAUUCUCAGCGCCAUAUUAAGGAAACAAGUGUAGAUACGUUUGAUGAUGAUAAACCACCGCAUCCUUUAAACACUACUUCAUCUGAGAUUAAACUUCGACGAACAAAUACAGAUUCAUUGAAUUAUCCAGUAUUACAUCGUGCUUUAUCAACUGUUUCUGCAAAUCAAUCAUUAGUAUAUAAUCAACGUAAUGCUUUAGCAAAAAAUUUUCGCCGAAUUUCAGUUAACGAUGAAAUUGUUACAAUCGAUCACACUGAUGCCGAUGCUUCAUUUUUAUUACCAAACCUUUAUGAAUUACCUGAUGAUAUUCGUACUCGUGUCAUGGAUAGUCUUGUUGAUACAACAACAAUGGCAACAUUGGAAGAAUCAAAACGUCUCAAUUGGUGGGUUAAUAAGAAAUUAACUUCUCCAAAAUUGUAUCCUGUCUUAACAAGUGGAGAUGGAAACUGCUUAUUACAUGCUACAUCACUUGCUAUGUGGGGAUUUCAUGAUCAUUCGUUAUCAAUGCGUAAAGCAUUGAAUGAAACAAUGAUUACAUCAAAACCAAAUAAUUCACUUUAUCGACGCUGGCGUUGGGCUCAAUCAGUACAAAAUAAAAAAUAUGGUCUUGUUUUUUCUGAACAAGAAUGGACUGAUGAAUGGAAAAGUUUAUUAAGAUUAUCAUCUGCUGAACCACGUGUUUCACAAAAAACUUCGUCGAAUCCAAACAAUAGAUUUACAAAUUCAACUGCACCGACUGAUGAAAUGAGUCGUAAUAAAUCACCACAAACAGGAACAUCCACAAGUGUUGGCGGUUCGACAAAAUCUUCAUCCCCAUCUGCAAGACAAUAUUAUGAAAGUUUAGAAGAAUUUCAUGUUUAUGUAUUAGCAAAUAAUAUACGUCGUCCGAUCAUUAUUUAUUCAGAUACAAUAUUACGAACAAAUGAUGGUGAACCUAUUUCUCCAAUUGAAUUUGGGGGGAUCUAUUUACCAUUAGAAAUCCCACCUGAAAAAUGUCAUAGACAACCGGUAUUUCUGGCGUUUGAUGCUGCACAUUUUUCAGCACUUGUACCUAUGGAACAAAAUUCGAAAGCAACAUCAAAAGUAGCAACUUAUCGAAUUCCUUUAAUUGAUAUCGAAGCCAUUGAUCUUCUACCAAUACAUUAUUUUAUUGAUCCGGGUUCAAAUUUUGCAUGGCCCAUCGAUGAAGAAUUAUCCGACGAAAAAAUUCAUCUAUAUACACAUUUCGGCGAAAGUCGAAUGGAAACAAUUGAAAGAUAUUUAAAUUUAUCAAAAGAAACUUGUCCUCUAAAUACUUUAUUAUCUCCAUCAACAACAAAUAAUAAUAAUAAUAAUAUCAGUGAUGAUAUAGGAUCAUCUACUGAUGCAAAUUCAUCGUCAAUAAUCAAUAUAGAUUUAUCUACAUCAAAUACUGAAACAAACUCUACUAUACCAACAAUAAUUAAUAAAAAGCCGGCUCGUUCAUCAUUUAAUUCUUUUUCAAAAAUUAUUCGUCGAACAUUUAUCGAACCGUUUUCAUCCGUCAGACGAGCUUCGCUUAAACAAAAUCAACAGCAUCCAAGUUCUGACACAUCCGAUGGAGUAAUGAAUAAUGAAAAUGAACAUAUACAUCGUGUGUCAUCACCAUUACUUAAUCGUCAAACGAAUAUUUUAACAAUAAUUGUCACAAAUUUUCAACCAAAACGACCUAAAACAUGCGAUAAUAUGAUUAAAAAUUAUAUUGAUGCAUGUAUGAAUGAAUACCGUCUUGAAAAAAAUUCAAGACAAAUGAAUGCAAUAUCUGUAAAUACGAAUGAAAACAAUUCAAUCAAUAACAAUCAUUCAGAGUGGCAUAAUGAAGCAACAUCUUCUCAACAGCCUUUUGUUGAUCAUCGUUACAAUUCAUCAAUAACUGCAAAUCGUUAUAAACAAACGACUUCGUCAAUAACAAAUACAAAUCAAAAACCGCCUGAAACAUCAGGGCGAAAAUUACCUGCAAUACCAAUAAGUUCAACAAGUAAAAUAAAUCCGACAAUAAGACAGACUCGAAAGAGUUCGUCUAUGGAGGAAAAUGACGAGUUAUUACCAAUAGAAAAUGGGCAAUUUUCAUCGCAUAUUAAUUAUGUGCAACAAACACAUAAAAAAUCAAGUCAAUUAACACAAAGCAAUAGCCUGGAAAUGAAUUAUAAUCGAAAUAAUUAUCCUGAAUCUUAUGUUAAUGGUCUCUCAUCAAAUCAAACAGCAAAAGCAAAUCCUACAGAAGAGUUAGCGAAAAAUCGCCAAGCUUCAAAUGCUUUAACAUCAAGACUGCAAGCAGCAUUUAUUCGACGUCAACAAUCUUUAGGUUAUGAUAAAAAUAGUAGCAUUCAACUUUCGCAUGAUUCGAAUAUAAAUAACCGUGGCUCAAUUAAAGAAAAUAAUAAGAAUCAAUCAAAAUGA